AUGUCAGAACUCUCCCAGUCUCUCUGUAAUAUACUGACUGGUCUCAGUGCUCGGUAUCGGACAGGUCUGUGUAUCCCUGUUAGUGACCAUGUGAUGUCAGAACUCUCCCAGUCUCUCUGUAAUCUACUGACUGGUCUCAGUGCUCGGUAUCAGACAGGUCUGUAUAUCCCUGUUAGUGACCAUGUGAUGUCAGAACUCUCCCAGUCUCUCUGUAAUAUACUGACUGAUCUCAGUGCUCGGUAUCAGACAGGUCUGUGUAUCCCUGUUAGUGACCAUGUGAUAUCAGAACUCUCCCAGUCUCUCUGUAAUAUACUGACUGGUCUCAGUGCUCGGUAUCGGACAGGUCUGUGUAUCCCUGUUAGUGACCAUGUGAUGUCAGAACUCUCCCAGUCUCUCUGUAAUAUACUGAUUGGUCUCAGUGCUCGGUAUCAGACUGGUUUGUAUAUCCCUGUUAGUGACCAUGUGAUGUCAGAACUCUCCCAGUCUCUCUGUAAUAUACUGACUGGUCUCAGUGCUCGGUAUCAGACAGUGACCAUGUGAUGUCAGAACUCUCCCAGUAUCUCUGUAAUAUACUGACUGGUCUCAGUGCUCAGUAUCGGACAGGUCUGCAUAUCCCCAAAUCUCUCUGCUUCCCUCUCUAAAAGUGUAGUAAAUUUGUAUAUAGGAAGAGUGCUUGCAAUAUGUCUUUUUAUGUAUAUAUAGUAACAUUUUUAACAGCCUUUCUUGUAUGUUUAAUAAUUCAUCCUGUGUGCUUCCUGUUUAAUUUGUUGGUUCUUCAUUGGAAGUAUGUGACGGGAAUGUGUAUUCCUUCCCAGUGCUAAUAGAGGCUUUCAUUGUUUCCCAUUGUUGUAGUUUAUGUUGUUACAGACCAAUUCAAUAUAUACUCAUUCAUUAGUAGAUUGAAACUGAGGAACAUUGGACUUAUGCUUUGCUGACAAUAGAACUCUCCAUUUUUAGUACACAUAUGCAUAGUUGUACAUUAACACUUGCAAUGGACACACGUCUUAGUAAUGCAACACGUUAAAUUCUUGUAGUCUUUUCACUGUGUAGUUUUGUUAUAAUCUUUGUACUCAUACCAAAUGUAUAAGGUCCUAUUUUCACCAGUUAAAUCAAUUAUGCAUUCUCUAAAAGCAUCAUACUGCUGUUUAAAAACAUGAGUUCAUUCUGCCUUGGUCUACUUCCAUAUCCUAUAUCAUGUCUUUUUACAUCUCUGGGUUAACCGGCCUAUCCUCGACUUUUCCCAAAGUUUGAAUAGUAUUACUUUCUCAUCUUAUCUUUCUUAAUAUUAACACGUGCACCAUCCUCUAUAGAUGGCUUCCGCCAGUUUUCCGAUAUCCAAAAGAGUCUGAUGAAGAGUUUUCUUCUCGAGUACAAAAGGUUAGUAGAAUUAUGGAAAGUUUGGCUGGUGAUGGUCCUGUGUAAUAUCUUGCAGGCCAUUGAUUAGUGUUGGGAGUACAUGGUAUUAGUUUAACAGGAGGCUAUAAGCAACCUACAUUCUACUCUUCCUUCUAGCUAAUGGCGCUUUCCAUGGGGAUCAUCGGGACACGUCACACUGCUGUGGACAGAGCAGAACAUUUAAAGAGGAGAAGACGUGAAUCUCCACCUCCUGCUGCAAGUGUUUCUUCUUCCACAGCAGACAGUCGCAUGGUACAGCGGGUCAAAGAAGUCCUACCCCAAGUCCCGCUAUCAGUGAUUCAUAAAGACCUGGGUGAGGGAUACAAGGGUAUUUAAAAAAAAAAAUUAAAAAAUUGGAGGAGCUAUAAUGAAGUUGAGGUUAGUAUUUUGCAAUAGGAGUUAUAGGGAGGGUUAUACAGAGUAAUAGGGAGGGUUAUACAGAGUAAUAGGGAGAGUUAUAGGUAUAUUUAUAUGGAGUAACAGGGGAAGUUAUAGGGAGGGAUACAUGGAGUAAUAGGAGUUAUAAGGAGGAUUAUAUGGUGUAACAGGAGGGGAUAUAGGGAGUGUUAUAUUGGGUAAGGGAGGGUUAUAUGGAGUAAUAGGAGGGGCUAUAGGGAGGGUUAUAUGGAGUAAUAGGAGGAGUUAUAGGGAGGGUUAUAUGGAAUAAUAGGAAGAGUUAUAGGGAGGGGUUAUAUGAAGUAAUAGGAGGAGUUAUAGGGAGGGGUUAUAUGGAGUAAUAGGAGUUAUAAGAAGGAUUAUAUGGAGUAACAGGAGGAAUUAUAGGGAGGGUUAUAUUGGGUAAUACAGGGAGGGAUACAUGGUGUAAUAGGAGGAGUUAUAGGGAGGGUUAUAUGGAGUAAUAGGAGGAGUUAUAGGGAGGGUUAUGUGAAGUAAUAGGAGGGGCUAUAGGGAGGGGUUAUAUGGAGUAAUAGGAGGAGUUAUAGGGAGGGUUAUGUGGAGUAAUAGGAGGGGCUAUAGGGAGGGUUAUGUGGAGUAAUAGGAGGAGUUAUAGGGAGGGGUUAUAUGGAAUAAUAGGAGGAGUUAUAGGGAGGGGUUAUAUGGAAUAAUAGAAGGAGUUAUAGGGAAGGGUUAUAUGGAGUAAUAGGAGGGGUUAUAGGGAGGGUUAUAUGGAGUAAUAGGAGGAGUUAUAGGGAGAGGUUAUAUGGAGUAAUAGGAGUUAUAAGAAGGAUUAUAUGGAGUAACAGGAGGAAUUAUAGGGAGGGUUAUAUUGGGUAAUACAGGGAGGGAUACAUGGAGUAAUAGGCGGAGUUAUAUGGAGUAAUAGGAUGGGUUAUAUGGAGUAAUAGGAUGGGUUAUAUGGAGUAAUAGGAUGGGUUAUAUGGAGUAAUAGGAUGGGUUAUAUGGAGUAAUAGGAUGGGUUAUAUGGAGUAAUGGGAGGAGUUAUAGGGAUGGUUAUAUGGUGUAAUAGGAGGAGUUAUAGUCAGGGUUAUAUGGAGUAAUAGGAUGGGUUAUAUGGAGUAAUGGGAGGAGUUAUAAGGAGGGUUAUAUGGAGUAAUAGGAGUUAUAUGGAGUAAUAGGAGUUAUAUGGAGUUAUAGGGAGGGUUAUAUGGAGUAAUAGGGGGAGUUAUAGGGAGGGGUUAUAUGGAAUAAUAGGAGGAGUUAUAGGGAGGGGUUAUAUGGAGUAAUAGGAGUUAUAAGAAGGAUUAUAUGGAGUAACAGGAGGAAUUAUAGGGAGGUUUAUAUUGGGUAAUACAGGGAGGGAUACAUGGCGUAAUAGGAGGAGUUAUAGGGAGGGUUAUAUGGAGUAAUAGAAUGGGUUAUAUGGAGUAAUAGGAGGGGUUAUAUGGAGUAAUAGGUUGGGUUAUAUGGAGUAAUGGGAGGAGUUAUAAGGAGGGUUAUAUGGAGUAAUGGGAGGAUUUAUAGGGAGGGUUAUAUGGAGUAAUGGGAGGAGUUAUAGUGAGGGUUAUAUGGAGUAAUAGGAGCGGUUAUAUGGAGUAAUAGAAGGAGUUAUAUGGAGUAAUAGGAGGAGUUAUAGGGAGGGUUAUAAGGAGUAAUAGGAGGAGUUAUAGGGAGGGUUAUAAGGCGUAAUAGGAGGAGUUAUAGGGGGGUUAUAUGGAGUAAUAGGAGGAGUUAUAGGGAGGCUUAUAUGGAAUAAUGGGGGAGUUAUAGGGAGUAAUAGGGGGAGUAAUAGGAGGCCUUAUAGGAGGGGUUAUAUGGAGUAAUAGGAGGGGUUAUAGGGAGGGUUAUAUGGAGUAAUAGGAGGGGUUAUAUGGAGUUAUAGGAGGAGUUAUAGGGGGUAAUAGGAGGCCUUAUAGGAGGGGUUAUAUGGAGUAAUGGGAGGAGUUAUAAGGAGGGUUAUAUGGUGUAAUAGGAGGAGUUAUAGGGAGGGUUUUAUGAAGUAACAGGAGGAAUUGUACAUUUUUUGAUGAAAUCCUUCUCUUCUCCUAUCAGCCCGCACUAAAUGUGUAGAUACCACAAUUACAAAUCUUUUAGAAGGACGAGUUCCUUUUGUAUCUGAAGAAGAAUCAUGUGGAAGAAGUGAGGCCUCUGUUAUGUCUAAUCUACCCACCAAGGUAAUAUUCUUGUGGCACCUCUUUAUUCUCUCCCAACUGUACAAAGAAAGAUCCCACCUAG